AUGACGCUUUACUCAAUUUACAUUUUUAAUCGCUAUGGUGAUAAUAUCUUUUAUUUGCAGUGGAAGCGCACAAGUGCGGUGCAGGAAGGUGAGGCUAGUCUAGUUGCAGGAUUUAUUUACACACUCCAACAUCUCUCUUCACAGUUAUCGUCCACACGAUUAGGCGGAUUACGGGCUGUGCAAACCCCACUAUAUAAACUUCACUAUGGUGAAACCAUAACUGGUUAUCGUGUAGCUCUCUUAACAGAUAAAGAAAUGAGUACACCACUUGUGCAGGGAAUAUUUCUUGAGAUGUUCCGCGGUGUAUUUCAAACAGCUGUAACGAAAGAUCCAAACUACCGUCAUGAACCAGGAUGCAUGAUUACCUCCCCAGAGUUCACGGAGGGGUUAGAAGCGCUUUUCCGUGAAAAGAAACUUCUUUGA